AGACGAGUUAUUUAAAAGCUUUAGUUGAGUCUGAACGAUCGUUGAGUUUAAAUUGUAAGCGAAAAGAAUCCAAGUGAAUUUUUACUUUGUAUCGGUGGUGAUUUUUUGUAAUUUAUUUUGAAAACUGACCGCUUGACUUGGUUUCUUUGUGAAGACCAGUUUUUUGUCCAUCGCUUCUUUGUGAUAAUAGAAAAAAAAACAUUCCCAACAUUUUCAAUAUGAAGAGCUUCAUUUGCUUUGCUGUUGUUUUGGCUUUCAUUGCCGCUUCCAGUGCCACCACUGUGAGAAAUUGUGCCAAAACCAAAGCACGUCUUGUGGAAAAUGGUGAUGUAAGCAUCACAAAUUGUCCAAAAUCAAAGUGUACUCUCAAACGCAAUACAGAACCUGAAAUUCAAAUUAAAAUUGUACCAAAUCGUGAUUUCAAAGAAUUGAAUUCGGAUAUUCAAGGUAUUCUGUUGGAUGUUCCAUUGCCAUUCCCCGGCUACUAUGGCACCAGUGCCUGUCCUCACAUCUACGAUGCUGAGGGUAAAAAUCAAGUAGGCUGUCCCCUGAAGGCUGGCGAAACUUAUCUGUACAAGAAUAGUUUUAAGAUUUUACCCAUCUACCCCACGGUCAGUCUGACAAUUCAUUGGGGUUUGGGCGACAAAGAGGGUGAUGCGGUUUGUUUCGAAAUACCAGCAAAAAUCAAAGCUUAAAUGUGUUAUAAGUUAAAAUUUAGUUGUUAAGUUUUAAGUUAAGUUGCAUAACUAGUUGUAGUAGAUCUCAGAUGAAAACUAUUAUUCAAUAUGCUAAAAUUAUGGUUGGAUAAAUUUGUUAAAAAAUUGUAUGAAAUCCAUUUUAGUUUGACACAUAUUCCAUAUUGGAGAUUCAAUUGAGCGCCUUAAAUUUAUUAGCCAUUGAGGUGGCCAAUGCUGACAAUGUUUGUCAGAGAAAUAGAACCAUUGAAAGGCAUUGAAGGCAGUCCUCAUUUUUUGUUUAUUUUAUUGUACAUAAAUCAAAGGAAAGCAACAUCUUUUAAUAGGUACAUAUACAUCCAUAUAUUUUACAAAUCAACGAAUUGUUCAGUAAUAUUGUUAAAUAAAUAUAUAUAAAUAAAUAUAAGAAAUAUAUAAGAAAAAUAUAUAUAUAAUAAAUUUAAUUUUAAUAACAUUAUUUUUUUAUUAAAUCCAAAAUGCA